AUGGAAGAAGAAGAGAAAUUUAAGGAUUAUGGUGGAAAUAUAAGUAUUAACAAUAUAUCUUCUGAUAUUAAAAUUGAAAAUAAUUACGAGAAUGAUAUUAAUUAUAGAAUUAAGAUGUACCAAGUUGUAAUACCAGCAUUUUUAUUUCUUUCUCUUUUGGCAGUAAUUGCAAAUUCUUUAGUUAUUUUGGCAUUAAAAGCUUCAAGAGUUCGUAAUGCAACAGUUACUUUACUUUUAAGUUUAACAUUUUCCGAUAUUUGGUCAAGUUCUGUCAUGGCUUUAUCUCUUUUAAUAAAUAGUUAUUUACCUACAGUUUUACAUACACAACCAAGACCUUGUGUUUCGCUUUCUCUUGAGAUGUUAAGAACGGGUGGUUUAUUAACAGCAGCAUUACAUUUAUUACUUAUUGCAUUAAAUCAUUGUGUGGGUAUUGUCCGUCCACAUAUGGAUAAACAUCGUUUACGUCGAAUAGCUUUUUUACUUUGUAUUUGUGCUUGGUCAUUCCCUUCAAUUAUUUUGUUUAUUUUAUCUUUAAGUAGAGAAAAUCAAGGAUUAUUUAAUUGUGAAAGAGUUGAUUUUUAUAAUGAAAAAAUAUUUAGAUGGGCAGUUGCCGGGCUAUUAGCUAUUUUAUUUUUGGCAAUAACUUUGUGUUAUGCUAGAUUGCUUUGUUUAAUGCAUUCAAGAAAUAAUAUUGUUAAUAAUAAUAAAAAUGAAAAUUCUUUACCCCAAUCUGCUAGAAGUAAUAAUAGUAAUGAAAGGAAAAGACGUCGAGAAAGGAGAACUCUUUGGACUACUUUACUUAUUUGUGCAAGUUUUCUUUUAGGAUGGGCACCUGCUAGUGUUUUAUUUGCAAUAACUUGUUCUGAAUGUCGUUUACUUAGCAGUAUUGGAUCUUUUCGUCUUUUAUUUGGACUUAGUUGUAUACAAUUAAGUUUUCUUCUGGCAAAAUCAUUACUUAAUCCAUUAAUUUAUUCUUUACGAAUUCCUGAAGUUAGAGAACAAUUUAACAGACAAAUUAACAGAAUACAGUCUUUAGAACCGAGAAAAUACCUUAUUAGAAGUUGGCACAAAGCAACAUGUUCUAAAAGCAAAACAACAUUAGCAACAACAACAGCAACCUCCCCACCACCUUCCCCUUGGAAGUGGAGAAGAACCCAACGUGCACGUUCACAUCUUUUUGGUUCUUCAAUUUCUUCAGUAACAAAUAUAAAUUUAAUUAACGGAAAUGGAGGGGGACGUGUUUCUUUUUGUUAUAAUGAUGAUAUUAAAGAAGAAGAAGGACAGCAAAAUAAUUUUCGUUUAAGUUCUUUAAGAGAAUUAUUUCAACAAACAUUUAAACAAAAAAAUAAUUUAAAUAAUAAUUGGUCAAGUAGAAGAACACGUUCUGAAAUAAAUAAAAGAAUUUUAGGACAAAAAAGAAGAGCAUCAACAACAAUGACAAUAAAAGGAUUUAAAGAAAAUAAAAGAGGGGCUAGAAUGUCUGAAUGUCCAGAUUGGCUACAAUUUAAUGGAAGGAUUUCCGAAUUUAAACCACAAAGAUUUUCAUAUGAUGGAGGACAAAUAUCACAUUUAGCUGCAAAAUACAAAAAAGAUAAUAAAUAAAUU